AUGAUUUGCAAUCUCAUAACUAGGCCACCAAAAAGUUCUGGGAACCACAAGGGUGGUGCAACUCCUGCUGUAAGUACACCAGCAGACGUGUCAGCUCCUCAAACCCCCGUACGUCUCAGCGACCAUUAUUUAUCACUCAUCAGUUCAUCCUUACGCAAAUCCGCGGGUAUACCUCUGGACUCUCGCAGAAUCCCUCUCUUAACUCUCUCGGUACUGUCGCAAGAACGAGAACGAGUAAGACAGGAUCGCGAACGGAGACGAGCUGAGAGGGAGGCCGCUCUUACUGCAGUUGGCUCCGGUCUGCGUGAAGUACCACUAGUUACUGGAGAAGACGAUCAGAAUGCCAGUAUGAAAGCGGACGGUGAAGGGAUGGACGUGGAUACCCAAGAAGGAGAACGAGAGGCAAGUACUCCAGGUAGUGACUCGGCUGUGAAGACGAUGUUGAGUGUCAUUGAAGAGGAGGAUGUACCAACUUGUUCAUACUUCAAUGAAGGCACCACCUUCUAUCCUUCCGCAAAAAUCCUUCCGCAAAAACAUUAUUGCGAUAUUACUGGCUGGGAGGCACCAUAUACCGACCCUACGACUGGUUUGCGAUACCAUGGCAAAAGUAUUUAUGAAUUCAUCAAAACUUUGGUACGUCAACAUGUCUCUGCAUAUCAUCCGUUCCAAUUCGAAUAA